UUCCGAGGGGAAGACAGAUCCUGCUGCACAGACUGGGAAACUCGCAUUGAAUAAACGAGAAAGCGAGAAGAUUUUAGCAAAGCGCUUUAACGCCGUUUAUUUCACAUCAGUUCAGUAGAAAAUAAGUGGAAAAUGCUGAUUAAAGUCAAGACCUUGACUGGAAAGGAGAUUGAAAUCGAUAUUGAACCAACAGAUAAGGUGGAGAGAAUAAAGGAGAGAGUAGAGGAGAAGGAAGGGAUCCCCCCACAGCAGCAGAGACUUAUCUACAGUGGGAAGCAGAUGAACGAUGAGAAGACGGCUGCAGAUUACAAAAUUCAAGGCGGGUCAGUGUUGCAUCUGGUCCUGGCCUUGAGAGGAGGGCUGGAGGGGCGAUGAGCCAGUCCUCCACAAUCCCAACAUG